AUGGCGACUAUAAAUAUAACAGAACUGCUGAACCAAAUCUUUCCAGACCUCAAUACACUCGAAGACCUCAUCAGCAAGGCUCUUGAAAGCUUUGGAGAAGCUAACAAACUGAGACGAGUUUACCCAAAUGUCGUUGAGCUUCGGAAGCAGUUCAUAACAGUUGUCGAAGAAAACGCAGACCAAAUACUACGAAUAAAGUCGUACUGUGACGAUGUGGCAAUAUACUGUGAAGGUGCAUCUAAUAAACAAUAUCACAUCAAAGAUAUCAAAGACACUUUGCCGACCUUACGAGCAGACGCUUUACGGUAUGCACAAGCAUUAAAAGACUUAAAGACGCGCUACCAGUCUGUCGUUGAUGAAAUAAGUGAUUAUUUGACAGCAUUACGUCGUGAGAAAUAUGAAGAGGAUUUUAAGACACGUCGCGAUCGUGCGUUGGAUCUGAUUUCUUAUUUGGCAAUUACGGCUUUUAGUGGUAUCGCUUGUUAUGGUAUGCUGGUUGCUGCAAAUGCGGAGCAGAGUCCUUCGACCAAUGAAUACGCGGAACAGAGUUCGUCGAUAACAGAGACGAGCAGACCUGCACAGACAGAAGUGAAUAUGACGGGUGGGGAUGCGGAGUUUACAAACAUACGCGCCGAUACAAAAAACAGUACAGACAAUAGCAGCGCAUUUAAUGAGACAAGCAAUAAUGUAAAUUCAUCUAGUAUUACUAACAGCACGUUUGGUGGGUUCACUUCCGUGAUACCUUUGAUGCCUCGAAGGUAUCCUCACAUUGGAAUGCCUCUGGCACUUGUAAUAUUAUUUUGGAACUGGCAACCUCGAAUUUUAAGUAGACUUCCUAAUGGAGCGAAAAAACUAUUACCAAGAAUUUUAGUCAAAUGCCUUUCUCUUAUACCUUGUGUAUCUCGAGGAACCAGCAAUGACACAAGAUAUGAAGACUUUACAUUGCCUCUCUCGAAACUUGAUCAAAUACGUAUCCCUGCAAUUGUUGAAAAUAUCGGUACGCUCGUGAAUUUCUUUGACAAUCAAGUAAAUGGUUUUGAUAUUAUGAUCGAGAGGCUCGAAUCAGCAGGUAGCCAAGAUUUCUUAAACUUGUCGUUAGAAGUUGAGAAAAAGACGGUACAAAUUUGGAAUGAACGCAAGCAGAAUUGCGAAGAUUCCUUUUCACGUAUCAAGCUUAUUGUGGCAAGCGCUGAAUUGGCAUGA